AUGACUUACAUAAGGUUAGCUUUCGUCGCACUUACGUGUGCUGUUCUCAGACAUGCCCGCGCACAGACACCAGAGACUUUUAGGGAACGCAUGUACCACAGGCUCAGCAACAAUGCACCGUGUUGGACUUUAUUGGACCAACACGGGGAAGUGGGAUGUAGAAGCCAGGAUAUGAGCGGUGUUAGUGCUGUUGUUAGGUAUAUAAGAGAUGAUGAAGAUGUGAAUAACUACAUGGGGGAGUGCGCUAUAUAUGACGGUGUAGGGAGAUGUAGAGGAGAGUAUGCAGUUGUUUUGGAGUCGUCGUUGAUUUUCGCCGACACAUUUAGCGACAUGGUCGAUUGUCCGUGUACUAGUAGUUUGCAUGUCUUGCAUCCACAAACACUGAUUAACAAGACGAAUACCGAUGGCGAUGUAACCGAAACGAACCAGGCAGCAAAUAACAGUGAAGCUGACGGCAGUAGAGCAAACAAUCAGCAGGAGGAAGUUUCAGAAUUCCCAGAACACACCCACCCCGGAUUUUCUCCCGCCGAAAAGUCGCCCAAUGCCAUAUAUGGGCUGUAUCACGACAAGCCUGACAAACAGGUCUUGUGGAAUGCAGGCGGUGGCGCACAGGAACGGACGAUGCUGAACAAACCGAUAACACUUGUGACGAAUGGUGAUGAUAUCACGUAUCUGAGAAAACAUGCCCGGAAUGGCAGGGAAGUGAACAAGCUCAGUCUGCUGAACAACAGUGUCAUACAUGACACAUGUGAUGCGGACGCGAUUAAGUACUUGCCAGAAGCCAUAUCCCACAGUUCUCUGGACUUUUCACACAAACAGGUAGUAAUCCACUCCUGUAUUGACUUCCAGGCAGUGAGAUGA